AUGGACAAAAAGGACGGAGAAGUUGAUAGAGUGCAAAAAAUGGCGAUUGAUCUCAAUAAUGAGUAUCCUAGUGAAUGUGAUAGCUAUGAAAGUUCAGAUACAAACUUAAGUGUUGACUUGGAAUCAGAUAUAAUCAGACAUGACACUAGUGAAGAUGAUAUAUUAAUAGGUGAUGAAGAUCCAAAUGAAAGAAACGAUAUAUCUGUUGAUGAGCCAACACCCGCACCAGUUGAAGAGCCACUAGUACCCCCGAGUGUAGGCAUGACAUUUAGAUCUUAUAAUGCUGUUAUUGAAUACUACCAUGAAUUUGGAAGACAAAACGGGUUCGAGAUGAAGAUUAGAAGUCGGGAAAAUGUUAAAGGUGUUGUUUGUGAUAAAAGCAAUGAUUGCACAAGGUUGAGACUAACAUGUACAAAAGAAGGGAAAUUCACUCCUAAAGGGAAAGAUCCAUCAAAGCCAUCACGCACUCAGGUUACCGGUUGUAAAGCUAAAAUAACCGCCACAUUUGACAAGAAUAUCGGGGAAUGGAAACUCAACACUGUGGUUUUGGAGCAUAACCAUACCUUGGAUCCCUUGAAUUCACGAUUCAUGUCUAAUUAUCGAUUCAUUAACCCACACAACAAAGACAUUAUAAUGACUAAUGAAAGGGCUGGAGUACCUAUUAGUAGAAAUUAUGCCACAUUUGCAGUACGUUAUGGUGGAUAUGGUUUUGUUCCUUUCUCCGAGAAAGAUUGUAGAAAUCUAGUCAGCAAACAUAGACGUUUGUGUCUUCGAAAAGGAGAUUUUGCUGCGAUGGAGAAACAUUUUCUAGAAAUGUCUUCCAAAGACAAGAAUUUUUAUUAUAUGUAUGAAAGAGGGGAUGAUGGAAGACUAAAAAAUGUUUUUUGGGUUGAUGGAAGGUGUAGAGCUGCAUAUCGAGACUUUGGAGAUGUUAUAUCAUUUGACACUGUUAGGCGUGAAUCAUCACAAUCAGUCAAUGUUACUUGGAUGUGCUCUAAUUUCAGGAGAGGAUACAAGGAACUAUGUUUGGUUGUUCAAGACAUGGCUAGAAUACAGCUAUGUUAUGUUGGUUAUUUGACACUAAUGGACCAACUUUCUUUCUGGUUCUUGUCCACUAGGCCUCAUAUCACAGAGCAUACUUCAUAUAUGGAGGGAAAAAGGAAUGCAAUUAAGGAGGUUUUUCCUGAUGCAAAACAUCGAUGGUGUAUUUGGCAUAUUUUGAGAAAUGCAAAGAAACAUCUAAAGGACGAAGAAAAUAUCGAUGAAAUCCGCAAGUCAUUACGACGUGCUCUCCAUGAUUCUCUUCAUGUUGAAGAAUUUGAAAAAAGAUGGGAAGAAGUAGUGGAGAAAUAUAAGCUGCAUACUAUCAAGUGGUUUGAUGAGAUGUACACUGUAAGGCAUCGAUGGGUUCCUGUGUAUUUUAAAAGUGAUUUUUGGGCUGGAAUGUCUAGCACCCAACGGAGUGAGAAAUAUGUCAGUGAGGGUGUAUUUCAACGCCUUUAUACGUCAAAGAAAUUUGAGGAGUUUCAAGAUCAGGUGCGUUUGGUUACAUAUACUAGUGCAACAAAAACCCAAGACUGGAAAAAUUUGUGUGUACGAAGUGGUGACAAAAAGGCUAAAUGGCCUAAAAGACAAACUUUUAAGGUGACACUGGAUCGAAUCUCCUACGAUGUGAAGUGUGAAUGUAAACACUUUGAAUUUAGGGGUAUUUUGUGUUGUCGUGUGGUUCGAGUAUAUCAUGAGGAGGAUGUUGAGUGUGUUCCUGAGAAGUACAUCCUAUCUAGAUGGAGAAAGGAUUUGGUACGAAACUAUACCACAGUUCCGGUUCCAUAUUAUACCCCGGAUAAGAAUCCGCAAGCGAAGAGGUACAUUGCUUUGUCUAAGGAAUUUGAGGAUAUUGCUUCUGUGGCAAUCAUAGAUGAGAAACCAUAUUCGUUUCUUAUGGAAUCUUUGUCUAAGUUGAGGUUGGAAGUGAAGGCAUUGGUCGAAGGAUGUCAAGAAAUACCCAAAACUGUGAACACCAUUGGAAAGGUUUAUGGAAGACAUUCCUCAAACGGAGAUGAAGAUGAGAGAAAUCCUCAACAUGAGGAUUUGGUGAACCAAAAAUAA